AUGAGCCGCAAGACAUUUUCUCACGAGAACCAUGAAAAGUUCGCGGCGCAAGUGCGCAACAGGACAACCAAUGAUGGCGCCGUCAUCGAGAAUGCUCUGGCACACAUGACGGAUUCCGAACUAGAAGAGGACGUGAGACAGUUUGCCGAGUCUCACUUACGGUCUGUCCCGUACGAAACCAUUCUGCGCGCCGCGAGGGUGGCCAAAGACAAACGCAUAUACGACGAGGUUGCGGCGAGGCCGCGUUUCAACGUGAGAGGCCGUCUGCCCGUCCACCUCACCCCCGAGGAGAGGGACGCUCUGUGCAGGGAGAAGAAUGUUACGUUUAGCGAAAAGGGCAUGCGCAUCGUCAUUGCCACCGUCUCUCUGGCAGCUCUUUUGCAAGGCUUCGUCCAAUCUUCCUUCAACGGGGCGUCUCUGUAUGCGGGCCAGUGGGGUUUGACGUUGCCGGACAAGGAAAAAGACAUCACCGGCGAUGUCUGGCGUCUCGGGGCCGCCAACUCGUCGCCAUGGUUCUUCGCCGCCCUGGUGGGCUGUCCUCUCUCGCUGCCCAUCAACUAUUGGUUCGGCAGACGGGGCGCAAUAACCACGGCGGCCUUUCUGAUCCUAGCAAGUUCGAUCGGCGCGAUAUUCGCAACCAACUGGGUGCAGCUGCUUUGCGUCAGAAUCGUCAACGGCCUAGGCAUGGGCAUCAAAGCUGUUAGCACCCCCAUCCUCGCUUCAGAGACCGCUGUGGGCUACUGGCGCGGCUCAGCCAUUCUCGCCUGGCAGCUCUGGGUUGCUUUUGGCAUCAUGCUGGGCUUUUCUUUCAACAUGAUUUACACCAACGCCAGUUCUCCCCGAACGACUCUCGCCCUGAUCCAGGAGUCCCCUCGCUAUCACCUUAUGAAGGGGCCAAACUACAGCGUCGAGGAAGCGUACCGAGUUUUGCUACACGUCCGGAACACCCAGUUGCAAGCUUUACGAGAUUUGUACCUUGUCCACAAGGCGCUCGAACAGGAGCGAGUUGGCAUCAGCGACUGGGAUCCACAAAACGCCGCCUUGUCCCCGGGCUUUGUAUGGGUUACUCGCGACUUUUUCACACAGUUUAAGCAGCUGUUCCAGCAGCGGCGGCUGUACAAUGCGCUGAUUUCGGCUUCGACAGUCAAUCUAGCGCAACAGCUCUGUGGAGUCAAUGUUCUCGCGUUUUACUCUGGCAACAUUUUCAAUCCCGAAAACAAGCAUACGCUGGAAGCAAUGGCCUAUAGCCUUGGCUUCGGCGCCAUCAACUUUCUGUUUGCAUUGCCGGCCAUCAAGAGCAUAGACACACUAGGGCGAAGAAAGUGGCUGCUCACUACUUUGCCCUUUAUGUCGUUGUUCAUGCUGGGAGCGGGGCUGGCAGGACUCGUCAAUGACGCUGGGAAGCGAAGAGGGCUAACGGCCUUGUUCUUUUACCUGUUCGCCGUCGCCUACUCGCCUGGCUUGGGCCCUAUACCAUUCACGCUUGCCUCGGAAAGCUUUCCCUUGUCGCACCGCGAAGCCGGAACCGCGUGUGCAAUCUCAACCAACUUGUUUUUCGCGGGCCUGCUCUCCAUCUUCUACCCGAGCAUCGAUGGGGCUCUCGGUCAGGUCGGGUCGCUGGGGCUUUUCAGCGGACUCAACAUCGUGGCCCUGGCCCUGGUGUUCCUGUUUGUCGAAGAAACAAAGAGACGAAGCCUGGAAGAGCUCGACCACAUCUUCGCCGUGUCGAAGCGAAAGUUUAUGCGCUUUCAAAUCACGGAGCACCUGCCGUGGCUGAUGAGACGCUACUUGUUUGGCGCUCAGUACCCACGGCCGGAGCUGUACAGAGAUUUGAUUUGGGGGCCGGCGGACGAGGAAGAGCUUUCAUCGCAGCUGGAUAUAAUGAGUUACAUGGGGAGACAAGAUCAAGCGUCGCCGACUGCAAUGAAGAGUGAGAGGGGCGGGGCGGGCCGGGGCCAAUACGCCGUCGAGAUUGACGACGGCCACUCGCGUUAUCCGCCUCCACGAGUCCCGUUUGCAAGGGAUUGGUCGUAA